UGAGUGAAAGAUGACAGGCAGGUGAGGACAAAGUCAAAUGGGCAAGGUUGUAGGGUAAACCUUCUGGAAGGACAAACUGGAUGGAUGUGGAUGUUGGAUCAACAAAGCAGAACGAUGGAAGAACUCGAAGGGUCAAGCUGCUUCAGUGGAGGCAAAAGGUGAAAGUCAACAUUUCUGAAAGGGCAAAUUGGGCUUGGAUUUUGUUGUCAAGAAUGAUCCAAUCCUGUAUCUCAGCAACUCUUCCUGUGAGAUAAGCAAAAGAGUCAUGCCCCUCCAACUCGCUCUAACACAGGGAGCCAGCUGGCUGUAGCGAUCUAAAUAUGGACCCAACCCUGGAUUCUAUGGCUGUGGCCAAGGAGAGAUUCAUCCAUAUUAAUUUUACUUUCCUCAGCAAAAUGCGUUAUCCUUACAAUAAUUAGUGUACAUUAUGACAAACCUGAGGUUUCACCGCAUAGUGUCCGUUUUUAAACAUAAAUAGACCUCUUACCUGCCAAAAAAAUGGGCGGCAGCGACUGACGUAAUGAGCGAGUAGGGACCCAAGGCGAGUUAAUGGUAAAGCACACGCCUCUUUUCAAUGCCUUUGCGCAUGUUACUGGCACUACAGUUUGCACUUCAUUCAAAUGCAUGCGGUAAACCAGAUGGAGCUGUCAGAGGGAGAGAUAUAAACGUACGGCACCUAGCCAGGAUAGAAAUGGGGCUGUGAUCGCACAGAGCGGCGGCAGACUGUGUGUGUGUGUAAGGAGGGAGAUUGUCGCAUUGUCCAGGAGUUGACCUUCCACUGCUAUACUGCCUUUAGCUAAAAGUGUGGACCAGUAGCCCGAGUGGACGGCCAGCGGCUGUGGAGUGCGGGAAUCGAACGCUCCCCGGAGCGCGCGAUCCGGGCAGGCAGCCGGACAAUAGAGGCUCGGACCCCAGCUGGACAUUAACGAGCAACGCGGGCUCCGCUCCCGGACUCUCAGAGGCACAGACUCGCCACGGUUUUAACGCGCAGUUUCAUUUUUUCUUUACUCAAUCACCCCUCAUUCUCUCCUACCUUCACUGUGCAACCCAGCCAGUUCGACUACAGCACCGGGCGUCCGUUUCUUCCAAAAGGAGAUACAUGAACAUGUAAGGAACUGGCAAUCUGCUUCUCUGGAAUAGAAGUGCUGGGACUAUAGAUCACAAUCAUUUUCAUAAUGAAAAAAAGUAGAAGUGUCUUGGCAGUGACUGCGGAAGAUAAUGGUAAUGAUUCCCCGGAGCUUGGUCUUAGCAAAUCUUAUACCUCCUCUGGAACCACGCUUGGAGUGGAUUUACGACGAGGAAGAAGACGUUUCUCUGGUAAUCUUCAGUUGCCACCGUUGUCUUGGAGGCAGGGGGAAAGAGCGAAGACUCCAGAAAGAGACAGCAUACCAAGACCGACUACAUUGCCGUUGCGAACACCACCACGGAUAGCUAUUACACCAGUGGACCAAGAUUGUUUUGAUGUGGAGAAUGGCCCCUCUCCAGGCCGGAGCCCAUUGGAACCUCAAGCCAGCCCUGGAUCAGGACUUGUAAUGCACACUAAUUUUCCAGGCCAUAGUCAGCGACGGGAAUCCUUUCUCUAUCGGUCAGACAGUGAUUAUGAAUUGUCACCAAAAUCUAUGUCCAGGAAUUCAUCAAUUGCAAGCGAAAUACAUGGAGAUGACUUGAUAGUUACACCAUUUGCACAGGUACUGGCCAGCUUGCGGAGUGUGAGAAGCAAUUUCUCAGUACUAACAAAUGUUUAUGGAGCACCAAGCAAAAGAUCCCCUGCAACAAGUCAACCGCCUCUUACAAGAAUCAGCCUAACAGAAGAAUCCCACCAAAAAUUAGCCAUGGAGACUCUGGAAGAAUUAGAUUGGUGUUUGGAUCAACUUGAGACAAUACAAACCUACCGGUCAGUCAGCGAGAUGGCUUCGAACAAGUUCAAAAGAAUGCUGAAUCGAGAGCUCACCCAUCUCUCAGAAAUGAGUCGCUCAGGCAACCAAGUAUCCGAGUUCAUUUCCAAUACCUUUUUGGACAAGCAGAAUGACGUGGAGAUGCCAUCCCCCACACAGAAGGACCGAGACAAGAAGAAAAAGCAACAGCUCAUGACACAGAUUAGCGGAGUGAAAAAACUGAUGCACAGUUCCAGCCUCACACACUCAAGCAUCCCUCGAUUUGCUGUGAAAACUGAUAUGGAAGAUUGCCUUUCCAAGGAGCUCGACGACCUGAAUAAAUGGGGACUUAACAUAUUUAAAGUGGCAGAGUUUUCAAACAAUCGACCGCUCACCUGCAUCAUGUACACCAUCUUUCAGGAGAGGGAUCUGCUGAAGACAUUCCAGAUCCCCGUGGACACAUUUGUCACAUACAUCAUGACACUGGAAGACCACUACCACGGCGAUGUCGCUUAUCACAACAGUCUCCAUGCUGCUGAUGUUGCACAGUCUACGCACAUUCUUCUUUCAACGCCAGCUCUCGACGCUGUGUUCACAGAUCUUGAGAUUCUUGCUGCAAUUUUUGCAGCUGCAAUCCAUGAUGCAGAUCAUCCUGGUGUCUCCAAUCAAUUUUUAAUUAACACCAAUUCCGAGUUAGCACUGAUGUACAACGAUGAGUCUGUGUUAGAAAACCACCAUCUGGCUGUAGGUUUUAAACUGCUACAGGAAGACUCCUGUGACAUCUUUCAGAAUCUCACCAAAAAACAGCGGCAGAUGCUAAGGAAAAUGGUUAUUGAGAUGGUGUUAGCCACUGACAUGUCAAAACAUAUGACCUUACUAGCAGACCUCAAGACCAUGGUGGAAACAAAGAAAGUGACGAGUUCUGGUGUUUUGCUACUUGAUAAUUAUACAGAUAGAAUACAGGUUCUGCGUAACAUGGUGCACUGUGCUGAUCUGAGCAAUCCCACAAAGUCGCUUGAGCUGUACAGACAAUGGACGGAUCGAAUCAUGGAUGAAUUCUUUCACCAGGGAGACAAAGAACGUGAGCGGGGCAUGGAAAUAAGCCCAAUGUGUGAUAAACACACUGCAAUCAUUGAAAAAUCACAGGUUGGAUUCAUUGAUUAUAUUGCACAUCCAUUAUGGGAAACAUGGGCCGACCUCGUUCAUCCCGAUGCACAGGAUAUUCUGGACACAUUAGAGGACAAUAGGAAUUGGUAUCAGAGCAUGAUUCCCCAGAGUCCAUCCCCUUCCCCCGAUGACCAAGAGAAAGAAGGACAUUGUUCCACGGAAAAAUUCCAAUUUGAGCUCACGCUAGAAGAAGAUGAGGAUUCCGAAGGAACUGAGAAGGAGGAAACUAGUCUGGGCGAAGAGGACAGUAGCUGUCAGAGUUGUGAAACAAAAAUAUUUGUUGCACUGGAGUCUGAAAACCAGGAAACUGAGGUGGAGGAAACGCAACUAGAUCCUCUCAUUGAAGACACAUCACCAGCAGAUACGUAAAUUGUCUCCAGAAGCGGACACAUUGUCACGAUAAUAAAUUAUCUGUUGGGGAGAAGCCUAUGAUGUGUGUUUAUAAUGCAAGAUAGACCUUUGCUGAAGAAAGUUUACCAUUGUGGUUCAGAUGAUGAACUACCUUUGAUGGCACGGUUGGAGAGACAAAGGCGGUGAAAACAUAUGGACGUUUUGAUGUAUGAACUUAAUUACAAGCAAUGUUUAUUUGAAACCGGGGGGGGGGGGCAAAAGCCACCCAACAGUGAGGGUGAACAUGCAAAUGAUGACACAACACUGAGAGAUUUUGUACUGCAAGACACUGAAACUGUAUGUCAGUCUAAACAAUAUGAAAUAGCUUUUCAUGUAGGAAAAUGGUCUCUGUUAAGUCAAUGACGUCUUAGGACUGUGUGCCUUUUGAAAAAUGUUAUUGUCCUUCCAGAAGUAUUUUAUUUAAGUGAACACAAUUUACUAAAAUCCUCACCAAACUUUUCUACAUUUGAAGAAUAGUGGCAUGAACAAAUCCAUUUAUAAUUCUCUACAACAUUAAAGUAAAUGAGAAUUAAGUCUUCCAGUUUCCAUCCUAAACAACUGCAAUAUCUUACAGUUAAUAACAAAUUGUUUAUAAAAUGUAUUCUUUGGUGCAUCUUUACUUUUAAAGUUAAAAAGGGACAAAGAGUUGCAACAUUUUUUAUGAAUUCCAAUCAGUUUAGUAGUUUAAAACAUUUUCUUUUUUAUACCUGCCUUUUUAAAAAUAAACAUUUUUGGGAGAUUUUAAAUAGCUACUUGUUACAGUCCUUGAAGGAGGUAAGGCAAUUUAUCAAAGUAAAUUUGAUAAUUUAAACACAAUAUCAAGUAAUUGUCCCUGUGAUAAGGUAACCGUUAUAACAGUCCCAACUAACAAUGUAUCCAAUAGUUAAGAUAAUGAGUGAGAUGUUGAAUAUCAUCAGUCAGUUUCACCUCCAGGGCAAGUUUGAAUCCAGCUCAGAAUGAUGUGUUGAAAGACUCCUUUUUUUCUGUUGGAUCCAAAGUGAGGAAACUGGGGACACUCAACUCUGGUAUGGACCUUUCAGGAAAGUUGAUCACAAAUCCAAAGAUCUGGGUCUAAUUUCAUGUUAGUUCUGAAAGCCACAUGGGUGACAUGUUAGGGGAAUGAAAAGAUUCCUAAGAUCAUGCAGAUGAGAGAAACCUUCUUGGGAUCAAGCAUGCAAAGUAACCAAAUACAUCCCCAUCGUGUCAGUUAACAUUUUGUUAAAUCAUUCAUACCACAUCCUUUUGGGAUUUGCGUCUAUUUUUCAGGAAAUGCAAGGGAAUUUUCCAAAGCAGCGGGCCUGUUUUAUGCCUGCUGAUAAAUCUUCUUAAAAUCUUUAAGGUCUAAAAUGGAAAAGAAUUGCAUCUCACAAAAUUUGUGCCUCUAUUUUUGUGGGUGCAAAAGCAUAAACCCAAGAGAAAAAAUAGAGACAGUAUGCUGCUUCAAUAUUUCUGUCAAUAGAGAUAAAUAUAGACCUCAUUAGUUGGGUUUGUGUUAUAUUGGCAUCUUUCGCAUUCCUCCACAACUUUUUCAUUCUCUGCGGGAAAUAUUUUGGUAUUUAUAGAACGCCAGUUUCCAGGUUUUCAAAGUAGGUUCAUGAUCUGAGCUGAGACUUUCACUCUGGCAAGCCACCAGUUUCAUAGCAAUCGUUGCAAUACAAACUUGCAGCUUUGAUUUGUUGAUUUGUUGACAAAACAUCCGUUAAUCCCAUCAGAUCUUUCUUUUUGCCUCUUACGUUAGUAAGAUAUGAGCUGGAAAUGUGUACACCAACAUGUAUUAACAACACUAAUAAGUUCAAACAGAUUAUUUAUGAUGUAAUUUUAGUUUAGGUACCAGGGUCAGGUAAAAGGGAAUAUUUUCAUUUUUUACUCUUCACAAUAAAAAGUCCAGAUUGGGAAAAGGAUUCAGCUCUUGAAUAUCACACAUUUUCAAAAUUCCAUCUCCUUAAAAACUGGUAUUUUAACACUUGUAUAUUGCUUGAUCCAUGAUAGCGCACAAAUCUCAAACACACACACACUUUAUUAAUGAUAGAUAUGAUCAUCUACAAUAAAAAAUAUAUAUUUUCAAAGGGAACUAUGUUUCACUGGAUAAUUGGGCAUUUAGAUAGAGAUGGCAAUGCAUAGCAAUGCUAUCCUCCCUUGUUUAUACUGCAAAACUAUGGCACCACUCCUCAUUGUUCCUAUUCAUGACAUUAAAGGUCACAGAAAUACAUUGUCUACAUGCAGGCUAAUUCUAACCAACAAUUUUAAACUAAAAUAUGGCAACAAUAGUUUGUAUUUGGAGACAUUAUGGAACAUUUAGAUAUCUUUAGGUGUAUCAUGUAGAACUAUGAGUUUGUUCAUUGAAUGCAUUGACCUAUUAAUUUAUUCAGGUGUCUUGACAUUCCUUACCAGCUUUAUGGUUCAGUUGGGCAUCCUUUGUACAGCAUUGAAACCCAUAUUCUUAGAACACAUCCUUUUUCUAUUUAGAGAUAUGUAUUUAUACCAUGUACAUAUUGUAUAAUGUUUACUGUAAAUUAUUAAUUUAUACCUUAACAUUGCCUUUAAAGUGGUGGUGUUACCGUGUAGAAAGUUUCAGGUGUGAAUUCCCUUCUUACUUUUUUUUUUAUUAUUGUGUAAUAUUGAAUAACCUGAGCAGUGGUGAUAAAGAGACAUAUGGAACCCAGAGGUCACAGAUAUUAACGUAAAGAUUUUUCAGUUAUCUAAAGUAAUCCACCACAGAUUACAAUCUAAACCUAUUCAAUGUGCAACUAUGAAACAAUGUUGGAGAUAACUGUUAAAAAGAAAAAAAUUACAAAACACAAAAAAAAAAAAUUGCAGUCUGAUGUCCGUACCUUGUUAACUACGUUUUAAGCUUUUGGUCCAAAUUGUGUUAAAAAUGGUUCAACAGAUUGAAACGUCUGCAUGAAUAAUGGGUUUAUAUGUCUGUUAAACAUUGCAAUGUUUCAGGUGGCGAUUUCCUUAAUGUUUUCUGAGUCUCACACAAUGUAUGGUAUAGUAUUGUAUAUUGUGUUCAGAAACCUUUUAAGAGAUUUUUAUAAAAAGUGAUUAAACAAAAGCAUGGAUAUAUUUUAUGUUCUUUCAAUUUUAUUGCAUUUUGGAAGUUAUUAAAUAGCACAGAUGGUGCUUUUAAACUCA